GGUACCUAGUGAUGGACUAUUCGAGCAAAGAUCCACCACCUCCUACUUAUGAUGCUAGUUAUGGUGGUUACCCACCCCAGGCAGGUGGUUACCCACCCCAGGCAGGUGCCUACCCACCCCAGGGUGGCGCCUACCCCCCUCAAGCAGCUCUGUACCCCCCUCAAGGAGCCGCCUACCCACCCCAGCAAGCUGCCUACCCUCCGCAAUACGCCCCUCCUGGUCCCGCCUACCCUCCUACAGGAGGCUCCUACCCUGCUCCUCAAGCAGGGAAGGACCAUGUAGCAGUAGAUGUGGGAUAUAGUUCAGGUAAUACAGAUGAUGAUAUGAUCCGGGUAGGUAACCGAGGACUAUCUGAUCCUGACAUCAGACGAGGUUUCAUCAGGAAGGUCUACAUCAUCCUGUGCAUGCAGUUCGGAGUUACUGUAGCAACCAUACUCCUCAUGCAGAAGUUUGUGGGGAACCUCCGUGAGAACUGGGACGCGGGAACCUCUCAGAAGGUGUUCAUAUCAAUGUGGGUGUGUCUGGUUGUCUUUAUUGUGAUUGAGAUAGUGCUAGUGUGCUGUGAUAGUGUGAGGAGGAAACACCCCCUCAAUAUUAUCCUGCUCUUCAUCUUCACUCUGGCUAUGUCAGGGUUUGUGGGGUGUAUUACCCUCUACUACCGCGUUGAUGCAGUUCUCAUCGCCGCGGGCUCCACCUGCAUAAUUACACUGGGUCUCACUUUGUUUGCUUGCCAGACCAAGGUGGACUUCACCAGCAAGGGAGCCUACAUUUUCGCUAUCUUCAUGGUCUUCAUCUGCUUCGGCUUCUUCAUGAUCUUCUUCCACAGUCGGGUGCUCCAGGUGGUGUACGGAUGUAUUGGAGUGCUGAUCUUCAGUAUGUUCCUUGUGUACGAUACUCAGAUGCUGAUUGGGGGGAGGAAGUACGAGCUGACGGAGGAGGAGUACGUGUUCGGGGCCCUCACUAUCUACAUUGAUGUUAUCCAGAUCUUCCUCUAUCUCUUAUCUAUCUUGGGAAGAAGAUAGAUAAAAAGCAUUAUCACGAGAUACGUAAUAACGCUUUUUUGAACUGCUUUUUAUUUAUUUUCAAAUGGCUUACAUAAUUUCAAUUGUCUACAAAGUUUUCUUUUCAUUUUUAAACAAAAGCUGAGAAAAUGAACACAUGAAAAGUUCCCCUUUCUCUUUUAAUUCAUUUAAAUCUGGCUGGGAUAAACUAAGAUAAACUAAUAAAUAGUGGUGUAACUAUGGUAACUAUACUUAUACUAUUACUAGUAGUCACGUUUAGCUGUGCUGUUUCUUGUUGUUUUUCUCAAAUCAAUUGAUCAAUUUACUCAUCAGACUAGAAUUCAUAACAAUUCGUUAGCAAUUACAAAUAGUGGGAUUGUUUCUUUCAAUUUUUCUAUAAUUUAGUUUGUUUUUAAGAAUUGAACUUGUCUAACUACUAGGAUAAGUUGUUCAAUCGAGAAUUGUAAAGUUCAAUUAUUAAUGAUAGUUGUGUCUUAUGAUAGUUUAAAAGUGAAACUACCUAAAAAUAGUGUUCAAGUUUAAUGUUUAUAAUCUUCAUAUUUAUUUGUUCGUACUGCACAGUAUUGAUUUUGUUAUAUUCACAAUAUUUACUUAGCUUUUCUGGUAGUUAUCUGUUUCCAUUGAUUUGUUUGAACGUUACUGUUUUUGGCAGGCCUGAAAGUGAAAACUAUGUAAAAUAAUCUGAACCCAUGAAAAUGAUCCAGACAGCGAAGUCGAUUCUAAUACCUAAAAAUGUGAUGCCAUAAGUAGAAAAAUAAACACCGUGCCAUAAAAUUGACCCUAAAAAUUGCAGAU